AUGCAUGAGCUUGAUAAUAUAAAAAGAAUAUUACCGAUAACAUUUAGAUGUUCUUAUAGUCAUGUGGUAGCUAUUAUUGAUGCAUUUGAGAUUCAAAUCAAGAAACCUAGUGAUCCAGAGCAUCAAUCAUUAACUUGGUCAGAGUACAAAAAGUGUAAUACUUUAAAAUAUUUAAUAUCUUGCACACCGGAUGGCUUUAUCAAUUUCAUCUCAAACGGAUUUGGAGGUCGAACUUCAGAUGAAUUGUUAUUUCAGGAAAGCGAAAUAGUAGAAGAGUUACCCGAAGGUUGUGCUGUAAUGGCUUGUCGAGGAUUCAAGAAUAUUGUUCAGCUUCUUGACAAUAAAAAGAUUGAAUUAAUUCGAACACCUUCAGUGAGUACUGGAGUUAAAUUAUCACAAUCCGAUGUUUUACAAGGCAAACGAAUCGCUGCUCUACGUAUUCAUAUAGAACGCGUGAUUGGACGAAUGAGAGAGUUUGAUUUUCUCAAACCUCAUGUGGUUGUUAAUCAUAAUAUGUUACCUUUAACAGACUAUAUUGUUAUCAUCGCAGCAGCACUAGUGAAUUUACAAACACCUAUAAUUUCAAGUUAA